AUUGACAAAAAAAAUCCUUCAACAAAACAAGAGCGCGCUAAUUAAACUUUAUUUUAAGUGUAGAAAGUUUUAAACCAUUUAAAAUGUUUAAAGCGUUAAGGAAACCUAAAGCUCAUGUAGCUGAAAUGGAAAGGAAUAGAAAAAGAAUACAAGAUGAUCAAGAGUCUGUAAUAUUAACAUUGAAAAAUUCCGUAAAAUUAGUGGUUACAUCAGACUCUUUCCAUUGCAUAAGAAAUAUAGAUUACAAAUAUAAUUGUGCUCUCUGCGAUGCAACAAUGGAGUCUGAAACCAAAGUGAAAGAAAACCACAAGAAUUUGGCCGAACAUCAAAGGCUUUUGAUCACCCAUCCAUAUUUAGAGGACCUCGCUGAAAAUUUAAUUAGACAGAUAAGCAAUUCAAACUGCUAUUGCACGUUAUGCAGCAUCGUGACACCCGUGCACCUGGUCACAAGUCACGUACUCUCCAACGAACAUAAGCACGAGUUGGACAAGGCUUUGCUGAAAGCUAAGAGUUAUAGACCUUGUGAAAACUUUGAUUUGAACCAUAAUAAAUGAUUGCUUUUUUUGUCUAU